AUGCUAAAAAUCAUUAUUCCAACUGCUAUACUUAUACCAAUAACGUGACUAUCAAAACCCAACAUGAUCUGAAUUAAUUCAACCUCCCACAGUCUACUAAUUAGUCUUAUUAGCCUUUCUUACCUAAAUCAACUAGGUGACAACAGUCUAAACUUUUCAUUAUUAUUUUUCUCAGACUCACUUUCCGCCCCCCUACUAGUACUAACAACAUGACUUUUACCACUAAUACUCAUAGCCAGCCAAUCGCAUCUAUUAAAGGAAACCUCGGCCCGAAAAAAACUAUAUAUUACGAUACUCAUUCUUCUGCAACUCCUCUUGAUCAUAACAUUUACCGCUACGGAAUUAAUCAUAUUCUAUAUCCUAUUUGAAGCUACAUUAAUCCCCACUUUAAUUAUUAUUACCCGAUGAGGUAACCAGACAGAACGAUUAAAUGCCGGCUUAUACUUUUUAUUUUAUACCCUAGUGGGCUCACUACCCCUCCUAGUCGCAUUACUAUAUAUCCAAAACACAAUAGGAACCUUAAAUUUCCUAAUUAUCCAAUACUGAGCUAAACCAAUCUCAACCACCUGAUCCAACAUCUUCCUUUGACUAGCAUGCAUGAUAGCAUUUAUAGUAAAAAUGCCCCUAUACGGACUCCAUCUCUGAUUACCAAAAGCACAUGUUGAAGCUCCCAUUGCCGGCUCAAUAGUACUUGCCGCCGUACUACUAAAACUAGGAGGAUACGGAAUAAUGCGCAUUACGAUUCUGCUUAAUCCCACAACAAAUCAAAUAGCAUACCCCUUUAUAAUAUUAUCCCUAUGAGGAAUAAUCAUAACAAGCUCUAUCUGCUUACGCCAAACAGACCUAAAAUCCCUAAUCGCAUACUCGUCCGUAAGUCACAUGGCUCUGGUAAUUGUAGCAGUACUAAUCCAAACACCCUGAAGCUAUAUAGGAGCCACAGCCCUAAUAAUCGCCCAUGGACUAACCUCAUCAGCAUUAUUCUGUCUCGCAAACUCAAACUAUGAACGAGUACAUAGCCGAACAAUAAUCCUAGCACGGGGCCUACAAACUAUCCUUCCCCUAAUAGCUGCCUGAUGGCUACUAGCCAGCCUCGCAAAUCUAGCCCUACCACCCACAAUUAACCUAAUCGGAGAGCUAUUUGUAGUAAUAGCCUCCUUCUCAUGAUCUAACAUAACCAUUAUCCUCAUAGGUACAAACAUUAUCAUUACAGCCCUAUACUCUCUCUACAUGCUCAUCACAACCCAACGAGGUAAAUACACACACCACAUCAAAAACAUUAAUCCAUCAUUCACACGAGAAAACGCCCUAAUAACCCUGCAUCUAUUCCCACUUCUCCUCCUAUCACUCAACCCCAAAAUCGUACUAGGCCCUAUUUACU